GGCGUGACUAAUUAUGAAUUGAGUGAGCAAUGAUCAUGUGACUCCUCUGACGUCAUCUCACAGUGUCUUCCGGGUGUUUUCCUUCAGCUGGACGGCGGACGGUGACAGUGAGCUAAACGAAGAGUAAAAGCCUUAAUUGUUUUGCCAAAAUGAAUCGAAUUUUUGGAAGAGGAAAGCCCAAAGGUCCAGCACCGAACCUUACUGACUGCAUAGGAAGUGUUGAUUCUCGGGCGGAGUCCACUGACAAGAAGAUUGCCAGACUAGAUGCUGAACUAGUGAAAUACAGGGACCAGAUGAAAAAGAUGAGAGAUGGGCCCUCAAAGAACAUGGUCAAGCAAAAGGCUCUGAGAGUUCUGAAGCAGAAGCGAAUGUACGAGGGCCAGAGAGAUAACCUCAUGCAGCAGUCGUUCAACAUGGAACAGACAAACUACUCAAUCCAGACCCUUAAAGACACUAAAACCACAGUUGAUGCCAUGAAAGUCGGCCUCAAAGACAUGAAGAAAGCCUACAAGCAUGUGAAAAUUGAUCAGAUUGAGGAUCUGCAAGAUGAACUCGGAGACAUGAUGGAGGAUGCCAAUGAAAUCCAGGAGGCGAUGGGCAGAAGCUAUGGUACACCUGACAUUGAUGAGGACGACUUGGAAGCAGAGCUGGACGCGUUGGGAGACGAGCUCCUGAUGGAUGAGGACAGCUCCUACCUGGACGAGGCUUCUACAGCUCCUUCCAUCCCAGAGGGCAUGCCCGGCGACAAGUCCAUCAACAGGGAUGGUGUCCUGGUGGAUGAGUUCGGCCUUCCUCAGAUUCCUGCUACAUAAAAAGAGCAGUCAGGAUGCUCUUGCUAGUUUUACAUGUAUCAUAGCCUUUUUUAUCUAUCCAACUGACACUCCUAGCCUUAUAAUGCAUAAUCAAAAACCAAAGCAUCUUCUGUCAAACGGAACUAAUGUCAAAUCAGGCAUCUUUAAUUAAAAGUUGUGGUUAUUAUUCUGAGUGAGCUCAUACGGUAUGUAUCUGAGGUGAAAUUGGAUUCUCUUAACUUUGUACAGUUUCUGCAGCAUUUGUUGCCAAGAACAAAAUAAAUUAUAUUUUUCAAAGACUA